UGCUGAUGCUGCCUGCCUGUCCGGAGCCGGAGAGCCGCGAGUAAUAAUCUGUGAUCAGCUCCGCUCUGAGAGAGAAACCCCGCCGGUAACCUCGAGCUCAGCACCGCCGCAGCGCGUCUACCGGCGCUUAGACCGAGACCGCGGCUUCUCUUCCGCAGCGACACUCCGUGUGUGUGUGGUGUUCUCGGCCGGAGCUCGCGCGCUUCCUCUGGAAGCGGUAGUUCGGUCAGAGCGCGGAGCUAGAGGACAAAACGGAAGGUUACGGGAACAUUAGCGAACCGAGCGGUCCUAGUCCCGGCCCAACCGGAGAGACCCGCGAGCUCAGCAUGACGGAACCCGGCGUGGAGGCGAAGCUGGAGGUGAAGCAGGCGAGCAAGGAGUUCAAGGAGAGCGAGAACGUGGCGGAGAAGUACUCCGCGAUGACCGUCUCCAAGAACAGCGAUGUGAACAUGAACGUGGGCGAGCUGUCCGCCGCAUUCACCGCCGUCCCCGCGCACAAGUCCGUCAAGAAGCAGAUUCAGUUUGCCAACCAGGAGGAUAAGCAGGAGUUCAGUAAGUUCCCCACCAAGACGGGCCGGCGUUCCCUCUCCCGCUCCAUCUCCCAGUCCUCCACCGACAGCUACAGCUCCGCUGCUUCGUACACCGACAGCUCAGAUGAUGAGACGUCUCCUCGAGAGAAGACUCAGGUCAACUCCACAGGCAGCAGCGAUUUCUGCGUGAAGAACAUUAAGCAGGCGGAGUUCGGCCGGCGGGAGAUCGAGAUAGCAGAGCAGGAUAUGUCUGCUCUGAUCUCUUUGAGGAAACGAGCUCAGGGUGAGAAGCCCCUCGCCGGGGCCAAAGUGGUGGGCUGCACUCACAUCACUGCUCAAACUGCUGUCCUGAUUGAGACGCUGGUGGCUCUGGGUGCUCAGUGUCGCUGGACGGCCUGUAACAUCUACUCCACUCAGAAUGAGGUGGCUGCUGCCCUGGCAGAAAUCGGAGUGGCGGUUUUUGCGUGGAAAGGAGAGUCUGAGGACGACUUCUGGUGGUGCAUCGAUCGCUGCGUCAACACCGAGGGCUGGCAGGCCAACAUGAUCUUGGACGAUGGUGGUGAUCUGACUCACUGGGUGUAUAAAAAGUACCCCAGUGUGUUUAAGAAAGUUCAAGGAAUUGUGGAGGAGAGCGUCACUGGUGUUCAUAGACUCUACCAGCUGUCCAAAGCCGGAAAGCUCUGCGUUCCUGCCAUGAACGUCAACGACUCUGUCACCAAGCAGAAGUUCGAUAACCUCUACUGCUGCAGGGAGUCCAUUCUGGACGGGCUUAAAAGAACCACAGACGUGAUGUUCGGGGGGAAGCAGGUGGUGGUCUGUGGGUACGGGGAGGUUGGCAAGGGCUGCUGCUCUGCUCUGAAAGCUCUGGGAGCCAUCGUGUGUGUGACAGAGAUUGACCCCAUCUGUGCCCUGCAGGCCUGCAUGGACGGCUUCAAAGUGGUGAAGCUGAACGAAGUGAUCCGUCAAAUGGACAUGGUGAUAACCUGCACAGGGAACAAAAACGUGGUGACCCGAGAGCAGCUGGAUCGUAUGAAGAACGGCUGUAUCGUGUGCAAUAUGGGCCACUCUAACACUGAGAUUGAUGUGGCGAGUCUGCGGACCCCCGAGCUGACCUGGGAGAGGGUACGCUCUCAGGUGGACCACAUCAUCUGGCCUGAUGGGAAGAGAGUCAUCCUGCUGGCUGAGGGACGGCUUCUGAAUCUGAGCUGCUCCACAGUGCCCUCGUUUGUGCUUUCCAUCACAGCCACAACACAGGCCCUGGCCCUUAUAGAGCUGUAUAACGCUCCUGAGGGACGCUACAGGCAGGACGUGUAUCUGCUGCCCAAGAAGAUGGAUGAAUAUGUGGCCAGUCUGCAUCUGCCUAACUUUGAUGCUCACCUCACGGAACUGUCAGAUGAGCAGGCCAAGUACAUGGGGCUCAAUAAGAACGGACCCUUUAAACCAAACUACUACAGAUAUUAGUAAGUAAGACUGACAACGACCUUCAUCAGGGAUGAAGAAACCUGCAUUAACCAAGCGAACCAAGAGAUUUAUUUUCUAUUUCCUGUAAAUUUCUAAAAGGACAACUUGAUUUUAAGUGAAUUAUUAUUAUUAUUAUUAUUAUUAUUAUUAUUAUUAUUAUUUUAACAAAUAGUGACCAAAUACAUGUUUGUCACAUGUAAAGCUAUAAUUCACUUUUGCUAGCACUUAAUUGAACUCUAUUAUACUGUAUGUAUUUGUUAUCUUUUAAUCACAUUAUAAGAGGACCGUUGUCCGUUGUCAGGUCUGAAAUCGUGCCAUAUAUAUAUUGGUGGUAGUGAAAGUCUGAGGGGUAAAUUCUGUACUAUGUCUUUGUUUGUGCUCAUUCAUUUCAGUGCUUAUUUUAUUUUAUUUUAUUUUAUUUUAUUUUAUUCUGUGUCACAUGACUGGCUUUACAUUUCUGGUCAUUCCUCAUGUUGAACUGUGCUCCUGUAGUGGUCCAGCUGAUGGAUCUCUGACCAAAUACAUGUUAUUGGAGCAUAUUUCAGUGUGCAGACCAAUUACUCUUAUUAUUACUAUUAUCAUUAUUUCAUUUUUCAAGUGAUUCUUUUCCACACCAUCUGUUUAAAUUAGUAGUGGAAAUGAUCCAAGAAGGGUGAGUGCGUUUACAUGUUCUUAAUCAGAUUACUGCAGCCAUCUCCUUAUUAUGAAAUAGAUUGGGGUAAACUUAAAAAAGCAGCAUAAAAGGCAAAAAAAACUUUAAUUGUAUUACCCCAGUUGUCAAACCUUAAUUUUUUUAACUUUAAACUGGAGUAUUCUGGGAUUUUUCAGUCUGCACUUGUGCAAAAACAGACCAUGAUUAUAAUUGAAGUAAGCAAGUAAAAAAACGGGAGAUACAAUAUGUAUUGAGAUACAGAGCUUACAAUUCAAUAUAUUGCGAUAUGUUGUGAUACUGUUAGCAAGGCAAUAUAUUGUGUUUUUUUAUUAAAAUUUAGGACAACACAAAAUGUACUGUUAUUCAUAAAAUAUAAGUACAAUAUUAUAUAUAUUGAUAUAUUCAGUUUUAUUCAUAGAAUCUUAGUGAAAGAAUGAAAAAUACAUUUUUCUAAGCAGUCAGAACAGUGGGAUCUAAUGAUACUUUAAUAUAUUGAUAUUUUCUUACACCCCGCUAUUCAGUUUUAUUCUAAAAUCUGAGUGAAAGAAUAAAAAGUUAUAUUUUCUAAGCAAUCAGAACAGGUAAACACACUAAAUGAACCACUGAACCAUUGUCUGAAGCCAAUCUCUACAUGUAACACAUGUAAUGACACCAAAGUACAAAAAGUACCUGUGUUUAAGAGAACCAAUACAGUAUUGCAGAACAAACUAUUGCGAAACUUUGAUAUAUAUCGAUAUUUAAUAACACUCCCUCUUAUUUUAUUGCUCAAUUUCAUGUAAACAUGUUGAUUAUAUUACUAAAACGCUGAUGUUCUGCAGUAAUCAGAUUGUAAAGUUAAUGUGAACGCACUUACUAAUUAUUAAUUGCUUAUUAAUUGCUCUUUUUAUGUUGUCUUAUAAUGAUUCGCACUUUUAUCCUGAAUAAGAGAUGA